AUGGCGACGAGUUGUUCGCUUCUCCUUUCUACUCUCUUCCUUCACUCUCCUCCUUCUUCUCAUUUCUCCAAUGGAACCUUCUUGAAUCUCUCUUCGCGAUCGUCUCCGAGCUCGAUUUCUCUCUACCCUAUCCGAUCGAGACGGUGUCUGCGGAUUUUCUCGAAGCUUCCACUAGACGACAACGGAGAUGAUGAUGGUCUUCUUAAAUCGCUUGGACCUCCGUUCUCCGCCGUAAAGCCUUUCUUCCUCCUCUGCACCUCCGUCGCUUUGUCAUUUUCCCUUUUCGCCGCGUCUCCCGCCGUCGAAUCCGCUACUGCGUUCGUCGUCACUACUCCGAAGAAGCUACAGACAGAUGAGCUCGCGACGGUUCGAUUGUUCCAGGAGAACACUCCUUCCGUUGUAUACAUCACUAAUCUCGCCGUGAGGCAGGACGCGUUCACAUUAGACGUUCUUGAGGUGCCACAAGGAUCUGGUUCAGGGUUCGUGUGGGAUAAGCAAGGUCACAUUGUCACCAAUUAUCAUGUCAUCCGUGGUGCUUCUGAUCUCAGGGUAACUCUUGCUGAUCAAACAACAUAUGAUGCAAAAGUUGUUGGAUUCGACCAAGACAAGGAUGUUGCGGUUCUACGUAUCGAUGCACCAAAGGACAAAUUACGACCUAUACCUGUUGGAGUCUCUGCAGAUUUGCUUGUUGGCCAGAAAGUCUUUGCCAUUGGCAAUCCUUUUGGACUUGAUCAUACUCUGACAACUGGUGUUAUAAGUGGUUUGCGAAGAGAGAUUAGUUCUGCUGCAACCGGUCGUCCAAUUCAAGAUGUGAUACAGACGGAUGCAGCCAUCAACCCUGGUAACAGCGGAGGGCCGCUUCUAGAUAGUUCAGGAACCUUAAUUGGUAUAAACACCGCCAUUUAUUCUCCUUCUGGUGCAUCUUCUGGAGUUGGCUUCUCGAUCCCAGUUGACACCGUUGGUGGUAUCGUUGAUCAGCUGGUGAAGUUUGGGAAAGUCACAAGACCAAUCUUAGGUAUCAAAUUCGCACCGGACCAAUCCGUUGAGCAAUUGGGAGUGAGCGGCGUGCUCGUAUUGGAUGCUCCUCCGACUGGUCCUGCUGGGAAAGCCGGACUUCAGUCAACGAAACGUGACGGGUACGGGAGACUAAUACUAGGAGACAUAAUCACGUCGGUGAACGGUACGAAAGUUUCCAACGGGAGUGAUCUGUACCGGAUUCUCGAUCAAUGCAAAGUCGGUGAUAAGGUGUCCGUGGAGGUUUUAAGAGGCGACCAUAAGGAGAAGAUAUCUGUAACUCUCGAACCAAAACCGGACGAGUCUUAG